AUGCGGCCGCAGAAGGUGCCAUGGAGAGGGGCUCUGAUCCUCUCCCUGGCCUGUCUCUUAGAGUCACACGCUGCCUGGGCUUCUCACUCUGUCAAUGUUGCACUACAGACUUCAUUUAAUGCGGCUCCGUUUCUGGUAGAACUGCUAGAAACUGCCGCUGCUGAGAGCCCUGCCUCGUACUUCCCCCUCCUUGACCGCAUUGCACAGCGCACUUUCGCCGAGGCUCAGACGGAGAAAGAGUUAUACGAGAGAUUCAUUCAGGUCCUCCAGGACGAUGGACACUUCACCGAUGGCGAGUCGCUAGCAUCGUUCAAGUUUGCCCUCAGCCUGCACGAAGCGGCACCCAGGAUAGAGGCACACUUUCAAUACUACAAUGCCACGGUCCAGCCUCAUAUGAUGGCAGCGCAGGACGCUGUUUGUCCAGUAUGGGUUCAUUUUGACGGUCAACAAUAUUGUUCUCCGGCUUUGGAGAGAGCCCAACAACCCGUGGCAUUUGAGACCUCCGAGAACGUUCUCCCAUUUGAUAGGGUUCUCGGACCUGCAGAGGCGCCUGCGUCUAUCAUCUACGCCGACAUUACUCAUCCUCUCUUUGCAGACUUUCACAACACCAUCUCCGAGACUGCACGCGAUGGUACAACUUCCUAUCGUAUCCGUUACAGGCCGUCCGAGACCCGCUCCGAACCUGUGCCUUUGAGUGGUUAUGGAGUGGAGCUCAACCUCAAACGAACUGAUUACAUUGUCAUCGACGACCGAGAGGCGGGGAGUGCCGAUGAAGUCAAGCAAGAUGCAGCCAAGGAACCCGAUGCCAAUGACGAGCUUCAAAUCAAAUCCUUGACUACGAGUGAGCUGUACAGCUUGGGCUUGAACGCAGCAAGCUGGGUUGCAUCGAAUCCAAACCCAAUGCAAGCUCUGUUGCAGGUGUCGACUGAUUUUCCCAAGUACUCGUCCUUCCUCGCCUCCCAGGAUGCCAAUGAAGAUUUUCUGAAAGAGCAUCUCAGCAACAGAGAAAUUCUUCUGCCAUCAGGCUUCAAUGCACUGUGGAUCAAUGGACUCCAAAUCGAGAACCGGCAAGUCAACGCGUACUCGUUGCUUGAACAUCUGCGUCGGGAACGCAAGUUGAUCGGCCAGAUGAAAGAUAUUGGCCUGACCCCAACCGAAGCUGUCAACAUCCUCGCCCACGAAGUGAUUGCGGAAUCUGCCAGAAAUGCCGCCGACCACCGCUUCGACUGGCGUGAUGAUCUUGAGGGAGGUGAGGUUAUCAUUUUCAUGAACGACCUCGAACAGGACAAACGCUACACAGGCUGGCCGACCUCUCUUACAGGGCUGUUUCAAAGGACAUAUCCUGGACAGCUUCCUGCUGUGGCAAGAGACAUCCAUAACAUCAUCGUUCCGUUCGAAGUCGACAAUCUCAAAGAUCUCGAGCUUGUCACUACCGCAUUGCAGAGUCUCAUCAAACGUAAGGUUCCCAUCCGCAUUGGCUUGGUCCCGAUUGGCGCCUCCAAAGCUGCUCAGACGUACGGCAAACUUUCAUAUCAUUUGUUAGAUACUUACGGGCUUGCAACCUUCCUAUCCUUCUACCAGGAAACGGUCAAAUCCGGUAAGCUUGCAGCACAACCAGAGAAGCUAUUCGCAGCUACCAUCAAGGAACGGAAGCUGCGGCAGGACAAGACCGCACUAAGCUACACCGAAGUCUUGGAAAGUGAGGAACUGGAACAAAGACUUCGUCACCGGGAUGCGUACGUCGACCGCCUUGAGCUUCGAGGCUCUACAGCUCCCUUCAUCGUGAACGGAGUCGUGCUUGCCCGUACCGAAAGCUGGUUUGAGACUAUGAGUCAAAGGGUAUACAUGGAUCUACAAGUCAUCAUGCAGGCGGUCUAUGAGGGAUCCUUGCCCGAGGAUGCAUCAGCUCGCGAUCAUCUAAUCGCGGAGGCUAUCACCCGGAGAAACGAGCUUGUCAUCCCGCACGAUCUCAAGGAUAUCAAAGUCGUGGACGUGGCUGCACUCACUGCUGACCAUGCGGAUGCCUUCGCCAAGAUGCCGCGGAUCGUUGGCGCAGAAGCGGUCUUGAUGGCGGAUCGUGCUCACAUGCUUGUCGUAGCAGAUCUGAAUACAGAAGAUGGCAGAAGUCUUGCGAGCGCCGCAGUCGAGUUCCAAACAAAGGUUCCCGAGAUUGAGGUCAUGUUGGUGCACAGCGCAGGAGAUCCUUCCGAGCCUGGAAUCUCUACAUUAAUGUACCACUGGCAGCGCGAGACCGGGCCGAAGCUAUCCGCGGAGCAACAGGCCAAAGUGCAAGCGUUCCUGGGCGGGUCUGAUGCUAAGAUACGGAUGCCUCAAGAAGUACAGCAGGAGGCUGCACAGUAUUGGGCAUUGGCCAACGGGCUGAUCCGUGACCUGGGCCUAAAGGCUGGGGAGAACGGAUUGUGGCUCAACGGCCGUAUGCUCGGCCCUCUCCGACGAUCGCUCGGCGUGGAGGACUUGCAGCUCCUUUUGGAUUUUGAGAGAUCCGCAAGGCUAGCACCGGUGACCAUGGCUGUUGCAGCAACCGGUCUAGAAGACAAAUUCAAGGAGCCUCUGGAUGUAGCCAAGAUUACAGCCGUGGUUGCAAGGUCACAAAAGUCAGAAUUGCCGGAGGGCAUGCGCGACUCUGCACCGCUUCUACGACUCGAUCGCUACCGAUUGUGGAACGACACGCACACUGCCAUUACAGUCGGCACCAGUGACGAUCCCACAUUACAAGUCGUGGCAGUCCUUGAUCCUGUGUCUGAGGUCUCGCAGCCAUGGAUAUCGAUCCUCCAUACCCUGUCAGAGCUCGAAGGUGUCAAUCUCAAGAUUUUCCUGAAUCCAAGGGGCCAGCUGACCGAAUUGCCGUCGAAGAGGUUUUAUCGACAAGUUCUCGGCUCCGCACCGUCAUUCGAUGCUGAUGGUAUUCGUGUCUCGCCAAAGGCUUCUUUCAACAAGCUUCCUGAGGACACUUUGUUCAAUCUGGACCUGAUCUUACCACCUUCUUGGCUCGUUGCUCCCAAAACAUCAGUCGAUGACCUAGACAACAUAAAGUUCAGUGGCACAGAGCAUGAUGUGCAUGCAGUGUACGAGCUUGAACACAUCCUCAUUGAAGGCCAUGCCCGUGAUGUGACAGUCAACCCGCCCCCGCGCGGCGUGCAGCUGCUGCUCGGCACUGCGGAAGAUCCUCAUUUUACUGACACCAUCAUCAUGGCCAAUCUGGGCUAUUUCCAGUUCAAGGCUAACCCAGGCUACUGGCAGAUUUCUCUCAAGCCUGGCAGAUCUUCAAAGAUCUACAAUCUCGAUAGCGUUGGACCUGAUGGCUACCUGGCCGUACCUGGUGACGAGACGUCGUCAGUGGCGCUGAUGAGCUUUCAAGGCACGACGCUGUUCCCUCGCCUAUCGCGAAAACCUGGCAUGGAGGAGGCCGAGGUAUUGGAGUCAACCACACCAGGUUCAGCUAUGGACUACCUGAACAAAGGUGCAUCAUUUGCCUCAUCUGCGCUAUCGUCACUCGGAAUCAAGACGAGCAGCACGACCAAUGCCGAUAUCAACAUCUUUUCUGUUGCGUCAGGUCACCUUUACGAACGUAUGCUCAACAUCAUGAUGGUGUCGGUCAUGAAGCAUACGAAGCACUCCGUCAAAUUCUGGUUCAUCGAGCAAUUCUUAUCGCCAGCAUUUAAGUCGACCUUACCAUCAUUGGCGGAACACUACGGGUUUGAGUACGAGAUGGUGACAUACAAAUGGCCGCAUUGGCUAAGGGCCCAAACAGAGAAGCAAAGAGAGAUCUGGGGCUACAAGAUUCUCUUCCUGGAUGUGUUGUUUCCUGUCGACCUUGACAAGGUCAUCUUCGUCGAUGCUGAUCAGAUCGUGCGGACGGACAUGAUGGAGCUCAACAAGGUCAACCUCAAGGGCGCACCAUACGGCUUCACACCAAUGUGCGACUCGAGGACUGAAAUGGAGGGCUUCCGGUUUUGGAAACAAGGAUAUUGGGAAACAUAUCUGCGGGGCAAACCCUACCACAUUUCCGCCCUCUACGUGGUCGACCUGAAGAAGUUCCGGGAGGUUGCGGCGGGCGACCGACUACGUCAGCAAUACCACUCGCUUUCAGCAGAUCCGGCGAGCCUCAGCAACUUGGACCAGGAUCUUCCAAACCACAUGCAGCACAACCUCCCCAUCUUCAGCCUGCCGCAGGAAUGGCUCUGGUGUGAGACAUGGUGCAGCGACGAGAGCCUCAAAGACGCCAAAACCAUUGACCUCUGUAACAAUCCCCAGACAAAAGAGCCGAAGCUCGACCGGGCGAGACGGCAGGUCCCAGAGUGGACCGAAUAUGACAACGAGAUCAGGGAGGUCAUUGCCAAGGCACGUGGCGAUGUGCCUGCGAUGCAACAAGCGGGUGAUUCUGUUGCGCAAGCUGACGCGCAGACGCCGCUGAAGAAGGACGAGUUAUGA